UGCCGCGGGCAGUGGGCGGGGAUCCCCCGGGGGUGCAACCUUGCUCCACCUGUGCUGCCCUCGGCGGGCCUGGCUGGCCCUGCGCAGAGCGGCGGCCGCGCUCGCUGUCACUGCCGGAGGUGAGAGCGCAGCAGUAGCUUCAGCCUGUCUUGGGCUUGGUCCAGAUUCGCUCCUCUGGGGCUACGUCCCGGGGAAGAGGAAGCGAGGAUUUUGCUGGGGUGGGGCUGUACCUCUUAACAGCAGGUGCGCUCGCGAGGGUGUGAACGUGUGUGUGUGUAAGACCUGCGAUGACGACGAGGAGGAACAAGUGGGACGGCGAGUGAUGCUCAGGGCCAGCAGCACCGCAUGGGGCGAGCUUCAGUGUCGCCAGCAGUGACCCCAGCUUUAUGAAGGUAUAAUUGACAAAUAAAAAUUGGCUGUAUUUAUCAGGAAGAAUGUGAUGUUUUGACAUUUGUGUACAUUGUGAAAUGACUACCACAAACCAGUUCUUGAGGCCAAAUCUGGCUCCUAAAAAACAUAAAAGGAAGCUUGCACCAAACGCUCUUCAGGGCCACCUCAGAAGCCUCCCAUCACCCACUGUGUGGUGCAGAAUGGCGCCCCCCACAGGUGUGCUCUCUUCGUUGCUGCUGCUGGUGACAAUUGCAGGUUGUGCCUGUAAGCAGUGCAGCGAGGGGAGGACAUAUUCCAAUGCAGUCAUUUCACCUAACUUGGAAACCACCAGAAUCAUGCGGGUGUCUCACACCUUCCCUGUCGUAGACUGCACGGCUGCUUGCUGUGACCUGUCCAGCUGUGACCUGGCCUGGUGGUUCGAGGGCCGCUGCUACCUGGUGAGCUGCCCCCAAAAAGAGAACUGUGAGCCCAAGAAGAUGGGCCCCAUCAGGUCUUAUCUCACUUUUGUGCUCCGGCCUGUUCAGAGGCCUGCACAGCUGCUGGACUAUGGGGACAUGAUGCUGAACAGGGGCUCCCCCUCGGGGAUCUGGGGGGACUCACCUGAGGAUAUCAGAAAGGACUUGCCCUUUCUAGGCAAAGAUUGGGGCCUAGAGGAGAUGUCUGAGUACUCAGAUGACUACCGGGAGCUGGAGAAGGACCUCUUGCAACCCAGUGGCAAGCAGGAGCCCAGAGGGAGUGCUGAGUACACGGACUGGGGCCUACUGCCGGGCAGCGAGUGGGGCUUCAACUCCUCUGCUGGAGACAGCCCUGCGGUGCCAGCGGAGAUGCAGCAGGACCCUGAGCUCCAUUACCUAAAUGAGUCGGCUGCAACCCCUGCCCCAAAACUCCCUGAGAGAAGUGUGUUGCUUCCCUUGCUGACCAUUCCAUCUUUAGGAGAGGUGUUGGAGAAAGAAAAGGCUUCUCAGCUCCAGGAACAAUCCAGCAACAGCUCUGGAAAAGAGGUUCUAAUGCCUUCCCAUAGUCUUCCUUCAGCAAGCCUGGAGCUCAGCUCAGCCGCCGUGGAGAAAAGCCCAGUGCUCACAGUCACCCUGGGGAGUAGAGAGCACAGCAUCCCAACACCUCCCACUAGCGCAGCCCACUCUGGGUCCACCCCAUCUGAGCUACCCAUAUCUCCUACCAGUGCUUCCAGGACAGUGAAAGAACUUAUGGUAUCGGCUGGAGAUAACCUAAUUAUAACUUUACCCGACAAUGAAGUUGAACUGAAGGCCUUUGUUGCGCCAGCGCCACCUGCAGAAACAACCUACAACUAUGAAUGGAGUUUAAUAAGCCACCCCACAGACUACCAAGGUGAAAUAAAACAAGGACACAAGCAAACUCUUAACCUCUCUCAAUUGUCCGUCGGACUUUAUGUCUUCAAAGUCGCUGUUUCUAGUGAAAAUGCCUUUGGAGAAGGAUUUGUCAAUGUCACUGUUAAGCCUGCCAGAAGAGUCAACCUGCCACCUGUAGCAGUUGUUUCUCCCCAACUGCAAGAGCUCACUUUGCCUUUGAUGUCAGCCCUCAUUGAUGGCAGCCAAAGUACAGAUGAUACUGAAAUAGUGAGUUAUCACUGGGAAGAAAUAAAGGGGCCCUUCAUAGAAGAGAAGACUUCAGUUGACUCUCCCGUCUUACGCUUGUCUAACCUUGAUCCUGGUAACUAUAGUUUCAGGUUGACUGUUACAGACUCGGACGGAGCCACUAACUCUACAACUGCAGCCCUAAUAGUCAACAGUGCUGUGGACUACCCACCAGUUGCUAAUGCAGGACCAAAUCACACCAUAACUUUGCCCCAAAACUCCAUCACUUUGAAUGGAAACCAGAGCAGUGACGAUCACCAGAUUGUCCUCUAUGAGUGGUCCCUGGGUCCUGGGAGUGAGGGCAAGCAUGUGGCCAUGCAGGGAGUACAGACGCCGUACCUUCAUUUAUCUGCAAUGCAGGAAGGAGAUUAUACAUUUCAGCUGAAGGUGACAGAUUCUUCAAGGCAACAGUCUACUGCUGUGGUGACUGUGAUCGUCCAGCCUGAAAACAAUAGACCUCCAGUGGCUGUGGCCGGGCCUGAUAAAGAGCUGAUCUUCCCAGUGGAAAGUGCUACCCUGGAUGGGAGCAGCAGCAGCGAUGACCACGGCAUUGUAUUCUACCACUGGGAGCACAUCAGAGGCCCCAGUGCAGUGGAGAUGGAAAAUAUUGACAAAGCAAUAGCCACUGUGACUGGUCUUCAGGUGGGGACCUACCACUUCCGUUUGACAGUGAAAGACCAGCAGGGACUGAGCAGCACGUCCACCCUCACUGUGGCUGUGAAGAAGGAAAAUAAUAGUCCUCCCAGAGCCCGGGCUGGUGGCAGACAUGUUCUUGUGCUUCCCAAUAAUUCCAUUACUUUGGAUGGUUCAAGGUCUACUGAUGACCAAGGAAUUGUGUCCUAUCUGUGGAUCCGGGAUGGCCAGAGUCCAGCAGCUGGAGAUGUCAUCGAUGGCUCCGACCACAGCGCGGCUCUGCGGCUUACGAAUCUGGUGGAGGGGGUGUACACUUUCCACUUGCAAGUCACCGACAGUCAGGGGGCCUCGGACACAGACACUGCCACUGUGGAAGUGCAGCCAGACCCUAGGAAGAGUGGCCUGGUGGAGCUGACCCUGCAGGUUGGUGUUGGGCAGCUGACAGAGCAGCGGAAGGACACCCUUGUGAGGCAGCUGGCUGUGCUGCUGAAUGUGCUGGACUCAGACAUUAAGGUCCAGAAGAUUCGGGCCCACUCGGAUCUCAGCACCGUGGUUGUGUUUUAUGUACAGAGCGGGCCGCCUUUCAAGGUUCUCAAAGCUGCUGAAGUGGCCCGAAAUCUGCACAUGCGGCUCUCAAAGGAGAAGGCUGACUUCUUGCUUUUCAAGGUCUUGAGGGUUGAUACAGCAGGUUGCCUUCUGAAGUGUUCUGGCCAUGGUCACUGCGACCCCCUCACAAAGCGCUGCAUUUGCUCUCAGUUAUGGAUGGAGAACCUUAUACAGCGUUAUAUCUGGGAUGGAGAGAGCAACUGUGAGUGGAGUAUAUUCUAUGUGACAGUGUCGGCUUUUACUCUUAUUGUGCUAACAGGAGGUUUCACUUGGCUUUGCAUCUGCUGCUGCAAAAGACAAAAAAGGACUAAAAUCAGGAAGAAAACAAAGUACACCAUCCUGGAUAACAUGGAUGAACAGGAAAGAAUGGAACUGAGGCCCAAAUAUGGUAUCAAGCACCGAAGCACAGAGCACAACUCCAGCCUGAUGGUAUCCGAGUCUGAGUUUGACAGUGACCAGGACACAAUCUUCAGCCGAGAAAAGAUGGAGAGAGGGAAUCCAAAGGUUUCCAUGAAUGGUUCCAUCAGAAAUGGAGCUUCCUUCAGUUAUUGUUCAAAGGACAGAUAAUGGCGCAGUCCGUCGUAAAGUGGAAGGACCCCACAGGAAUCCUUGAAUCCAGGACCAGUCAGUGGGAGUUACAGCACAAAACCCACUCUUUUAGAAUAGUUCAUUGACCUCCUUCCCCAGUGGGCUAGAUGUGUAUCCCCACGUACUAAAAGACCGGUUUUUGAAGGCACAAAACAAAAACGUUGCUCUUUUAACUGAGAUGCUUGUUAAUAGAAAUAAAGGCUGGGUAAAACUCUAAGGUAUAUACUUAAAA